AUGACGAGGGUAUACAAGCGCACUUCCCUCUUGGUUUCUCUCGGCUUUGGCCAUGACUUUGUUGUGGAUGAUGGUUUCUCUUUUCUCGUUCGCCCCGGCACUUUCGGUUCCUUCUCUGGAUGCGAAUCCCCUCGACGAGGACACGGCUCAGCAUGUCCAGAUAACGGUGGCGGAUGGUGCCAAUCGCUGGAAGCUUGCGCUAACCGAGCCCAGAGCUUCUUUGGAAGCUCCAAGUACAUGAAGCCCUUUGUAAAGUUUGAUGGCCUGCUUAGCAGCUCGGUCCAAGUGAAUCCCGAAUUUUUCAACUGGACUCAUGUUCUAGUGAGGUACUGCGACGGGGCAUCCUUUAGCGCCAAUGUUAGCGACACACUCGCAGCUCCUUCUGGAAAGGUUUUGUAUUUUAGAGGGAAGAGGAUUUUCGAGGCUGUGAUUGAGGAACUCAAAUUAUAUAGAGGGUUGAGCGACGCUAACCAGGUUCUUCUGUCCGGUUGUUCUGCCGGAGGGCUGGCCGCGAUCCAUCGAUGCAACGACAUGUGUUAUUUUCCACAAGUCAUGAAAGAUUACGUCAAGCCUCCGCUCUUCAUUCUCAAUGCUGCUUACGACUUCUGGCAAUCCCCAGCUCAGGCCGUGGGCGAUUGGUACUUUCAGAGAAAUGGUGAAGCUGGGCAACAAGCCAUAGAUUGCGCCUAUCCUUGCAAUCCAACUUGCGUAUCUAUCUUUGAUUAG